AUGGCUAAGAAAGCUAUUGAUUCCCGUAUUCCAUCUUUGAUAAGAAAUGGGGUGCAAACGAAACAAAGAUCCUUCUUUGUUAUCGUAGGUGACCGAGCACGUAACCAAUUGCCAAAUUUACAUUACUUAAUGAUGAGUGCCGACCUGAAAAUGAACAAGUCCGUUCUUUGGGCGUACAAGAAGAAAUUGAUGGGGUUUACCUCACAUAGGAAGAAGCGUGAGGCUAAGAUCAAGAAGGAAAUUAAGAGAGGUACUAGAGAAGUUAACGAUCAAGAUCCAUUUGAAACUUUUAUCUCCAAUCAAAAUAUUAGAUAUGUUUAUUAUAAGGAAACAGAAAAAAUCUUGGGUAAUACCUAUGGUAUGUGUAUCUUGCAAGAUUUUGAAGCUUUAACUCCUAAUUUAUUGGCUAGAACUUUGGAAACCGUGGAAGGUGGUGGUAUUAUUGUCAUUUUGCUAAAGUCCAUGAGUUCUUUGAAACAACUGUAUACUAUGACCAUGGAUGUGCAUUCUCGUUAUAGAACUGAGGCCCAUGGUGAUGUUGUGGCAAGAUUUAAUGAAAGAUUUAUCUUGUCUCUAGGUGCAAAUGAAAAUUGUUUAGUAGUUGAUGAUGAAUUGAAUGUCCUACCUAUAUCUGGUGCUAAGAAUGUUAAACCAUUACCUCCAAAGGAUGAUGAGGACUUAUCUCCCAAACAAAUUGAAUUGAAUGAACUAAAGGAAUCAUUAGAAGAUGUUCAACCUGCUGGUUCCUUGGUAGCUUUAUCUAAAACUGUUAACCAAGCUCAUGCUAUCUUAUCAUUUAUCGACGCUAUCUCAGAAAAAACAUUGAAUUCUACAGUGGCAUUAACAGCAGGAAGAGGUAGAGGUAAAUCCGCUGCUUUGGGUAUUUCCAUUGCUGCUGCAGUGUCUCAUGGAUAUUCUAACAUUUUUGUUACCUCCCCAUCACCAGAAAAUUUAAGAACUCUUUUCGAAUUCAUUUUCAAAGGGUUCGAUGCUUUAGGGUACCAAGAGCAUAUUGAUUAUGAUAUUAUUCAAUCUACAAACCCUGAUUUCAACAAGGCUAUCGUUAGAGUCGACAUUAAGAGAGAUCAUAGACAAACUAUCCAAUAUAUUAUUCCACAAGAUUCUCAUGUGUUGGGUCAAGCUGAAUUAGUUGUCAUUGAUGAAGCUGCCGCUAUUCCACUUCCUAUUGUUAAAAACUUAUUGGGUCCUUAUUUGGUCUUCAUGGCUUCUACAAUUAAUGGGUAUGAAGGUACUGGUAGAUCAUUAUCCUUGAAAUUGAUUCAACAAUUACGUACUCAAUCAAUUACUAAUGGUCGUGAAAACACACAAACUGAAGUGGUUUCAAGAGAUACUAACAAGACUCCUGAUUUACAUUUAAGUUCCGCAGGCCGUCAGCUAAAGGAAAUCGCCCUAGAUGAACCAAUCAGGUACGCACCAGGUGAUCCAAUUGAAAAAUGGUUGAAUAAACUGUUGUGUUUAGACGUCACUUUAAUUAAGAAUCCAAGAUUCGCUGCAAGAGGUACACCACAUCCAUCUCAAUGUAAUUUAUUCAUUGUCAAUAGAGAUACUUUAUUCUCUUAUCACCCUGUGUCAGAAAAUUUCUUGGAGAAGAUGAUGGCUCUUUAUGUUGCUUCUCAUUACAAAAAUUCUCCAAACGAUUUGCAACUAAUGAGUGAUGCUCCUGCCCAUCAAUUAUUCGUGCUGUUGCCCCCAAUUGAUGCUAAAGAUGGUGGUAGAAUUCCUGAUCCGUUAUGUGUCAUUCAAAUCGCCUUAGAAGGUGAAAUCUCGAAACAGAGCGUCAGAAAUUCCCUAUCAAGAGGUCAAAGAGCAGGAGGUGAUUUAAUUCCAUGGUUAGUGUCCCAACAAUUCCAAGAUGAAGAAUUUGCUGGGUUAAGUGGUGCUCGUGUGGUGAGAAUAGCAACUAAUCCAGAAUACGCAUCCAUGGGGUACGGGUCUAGAGCUAUCCAAUUGCUAAGAGAUUAUUUUGAAGGGAAGUUUGCUGACAUGUCAGAAUCUGCUCAUCCAAAGGAUUAUUCAUUAAAGAGAGUCUCCGAUAAGGAAUUAGCAAAAAGUAAUUUGUUGAAAGACGAAGUUAAGUUAAGAGAUGCAAAGAGCCUACCACCUCUUUUGUUGAAACUUUCCGAACAACCUCCACGUUUCUUACAUUAUUUGGGUGUCUCAUACGGGCUUACUCAAUCGUUACAUAAAUUCUGGAAGAACAAUAAAUUCGUACCUGUUUAUUUACGUCAAACCGCCAAUGAUUUGACUGGUGAGCAUACAUGUGUCAUGCUGAACGUUCUGGAUGGCAGAGAAUCUCACUGGCUAGUGGAAUUUGCAAAUGAUUUCCACAAGAGAUUCUUGUCAUUACUAUCAUACGAUUUCCAUAAAUUUACCGCUGUGCAAGCAUUGAGUGUUCUAGAGAGCAGUAAGAAAGCACAAGAAUUGCAUGAGGAUGAUUCUACCAACAAAGUGAAGGAAUUGUCAAAGAGUCAAAUGGAUGAUAUAUUUUCUCCUUUCGAUUUAAAGAGAUUAGACAGUUAUGCCAAUAACUUGUUAGACUAUCAUGUGAUUGUCGAUAUGUUGCCAAUGUUAUCAUUACUAUAUUUCGGAGGUAAAAUGGGUGAUUCGGUAAAAUUAUCCAGUGUUCAAAGUGCCAUUUUGUUGGCCAUUGGGUUACAACGUAAGAGCAUCGACGAUAUAUCCAAGGAAUUGAACUUACCAGCCAACCAAACGAUUGCAAUGUUCGCUAAAGUCAUGAGAAAGAUAUCUGUAUACUUCCGUUCUGUGCUUAGCGAAUCCAUUGAAGAAACUCUACCGGCUGUCAAGAAUCAACAGAUAGCUGAAAUGGAUGGCGAAGAGAUUAAGACAUAUGAUGCAGCUCGGGCAUUAGACCAAAUGGAUGAAGAACUGGAAGAAGCAGGCUCUGAAGCUAUACAAGCAAUGAAAGAGAAGCAGAAGGAAUUGAUCAACUCUUUGAAUUUGGAGAAAUAUGCCAUUAAUGAGAAUAGUGAAGGUUGGGAGCAGUCCAAGAAAAGUUUAGAGAAGGCAGCUAAGAGUAAAGGUGUUGUUAGUGUCCAAACCGGUAAGAAAAGAACGACAGAACAUGCAGAAAGCAUUUACAAGGAAGAGAUGAAGGCUUUAAAGAAGAGUAAAAGAUCCAAGAAAUAA